AUGGGAAACUAUUUUAAAACUAAACCUAAACAAAAACUAGAUAGAGAAAUGGUUGAAUUUCUGAAAUCUCGUAAACUUCAACACAUUAAUGAUGUAUAGAGAUAUUUUUAAGCAGGCUAUUGAUGUUGUAAAUACUAAAUUUCCAAAUUAAAAGUAUUUAGAGUAUAGUGAUUAUUGUGAUGUAUUCAACCCAAUAUUAGAAAUUUGGACAUAACCUGUAUUUUCUCUCUUGUCUUCUAAAUCUACAUUAGAAGGGGCCAAUGAUAUUUAUGAAUCAUUAGCUGUUUUGGUAAUUAAAUGAAUUAACUUAAAGACAAUAUUUAGCGAUGAAGAAUAAGAACUUAAAUUGUAGUUCAUAUUUCAAUUAUUUGAUACUGAUAAGUCAGGUGAAAUCGAGAAGGCUGAACUAGUAGUCGCUUUAGAAACAUGCAUUUGUGGUUUAUGUAAGUUAGUCCAUUUACCUGCUCCUUCAUUAAAGGACAUUGAUUUCUAUGCAGAGCGAUUAUUUAUAGAAUUGGAUAGAGAUUACAGUAAUACUAUUUCCUUCAAUGAGUUUAAAUUGUGGAUAAUUGGAAAUUUUGAAUUAUAAGACUUUUUGUUAAAGUAUGCGCUUAUCUAAACAUAUGAAAAUGCAAGAAGGAGAUAUAAAGAGAGGAGAAUUCUUUAUGAAAACUUUUUUAUAAAUGCAGUUGGAAAUUAUAAAUGUGAAUAAUGUGAAUUGGAAUCAAUAAGACAAAUAUUUUUGAAUGAAUUCAAUAAUUAGUAGUCAGAUAUUCUGGAGUUACUUUUUAAAACUUUAUAGGAUUCUUCUAAUGCUUACUUAGACCAAAAACAGGAUGGAUGGAUUUUUAAAUAAGCAUAUUAAGAUGUAAUGAAUGCUUGGGCUGCUUUUGACGCUUCUGAUAUCAAUUGUGAUAAUGAAGUCUCUAUGUCAGAAUUGAAAUAUUUAAUCUAUGCAUAUGAAGGAGAUAAGCCAAAUUAUUAUAGAUUAUAAACUGAAAUGGAAAUCCUAGAUAUGGAUUAAUCAGGGAGAAUUACAAGAGAUGAAUGGCUUAAAUAUCUUUGUGUAAUUGAAAAAGGUAAAUAUGUAUUUAGGGGCACUUUAUAGCAUUAAUUUAAUGAAUAUGAUAAAGAUCAUAAUGGGAUGCUUUCGAUUUAAGAUAUAAAAGAAUUAUUGAUAAACUCAAUGAAAGAUCUAAGAGUCAGCUUUAAGGUAGUUAUUUUUUUGAUUUUUUAAGAAAUUAAAAUCUGAGAAAAACUUUGAAGAAAUGGUAGAUGAUUUGAUAAAUGAAAUUGUUAUUUCACUAUAAAAGGGAAAAUAAGGUCAUUAAUCAAAUUAGAUGAUUUUUGUAUUAUGUUUAUCAUUAAAUUAGCUUACUUGGAAUGAAUUUAAGUCAUUUAUGGAGAAAGCAACACUCAAGUAGGAUUAACUUCGUUAGUUUCUAGCCAAACUUUGA